AUGCCAUCUAGAAUUGAAAAUGCUUUUCUGGUAGCAGCAGCAGGAGAACUCAUAACUGGAAUGUUGGGGAACGGUUUCAUUGUACUAGUUAACUGCAUUGACUUGGUGAAGAAUCUAAAGCUCUCUACUGCUGACUGCAUCCUCACCAGCCUGGCUCUUUCCAGAAUCAUUCUUCUUUGUAUAAUACUACUUGAUUCACUUUUAAUGGUGUUUUGGCAACAUCUUUAUGCCAUUGAUAAGCUAGCAAAAUUCAUUAGUGUUUUUUGGACACUAAGCAAUCACCUAACUACCUGGAUUGUUACCUGUCUAAAUGUUUUCUACUUCUUUAAAAUAGCCAAUUUUUCCCACCCCUGUUUCACCUGGCUGAGGUGGAGAAUUAGCAGAGUGCUACUUGUGCUUCCACUGGGGUCUUUAUUCUUACUGUUUUUCAACUUUGAAUUAUUAGAUACAUUUACGAAUUUCUGGGUUAAUCUCUAUCAAAGACAUGAAAGAAACUCAACUUGGUCCCUAGAUGUAAGUAAAACUCUGUAUCUUAACAGCUUGAUUGUUUUCAGUUUCAUCUACUUAAUCCCCUUUCUUCUGUCCCUGGCCUCUUUGCUCCUUUUAUUUCUUUCCUUAAUGAGACAUAUCAGGAAUGUGCAACGGAACUCCAGCUCUAGGGACUUCAGAACAGAGGCCCAUAAAAGGGCCAUGAAAAUGGUGAUGUCUUCUCUUUUUCUUUCCAUGGUUAAUUUUACUUCCAUCCUAUUAACAGGAUGGUUUUCCCUUUUACUGCAGAAUCAUCAGGCCAAUUUGGCUGUCCUGUUAUUAUCGACUCUUGUACCCUCAGGCCACUCAUUUAUUCUAAUUUUGGGAAACAACAAGUUGAGACAAGCUGCGUUAGGUCUACUGUGGCAUCUUAAUUGCCACCUGAAAAUGGUGAAGCCUUUCGCUUCCUAG